CCCCCUAUUUAACCCGUUUCACCAUUUGCUUCCCCAUCAACUCAUCCAUCGAUAUCUCUUACAUAUCUUAAAUGUUAGUACAAGUACCAUACUACCAUGGCUGAACUUGGCCUUCUCACCCGGACCGAUCUCCAGAACUUAGCUCUAUCACAACAAAAUCAAAAUCAAACCCAGUUAUCAAACCCUAACUUGGUCCCCGAAGCCUGGAUGUGGAACCCUAAGCCAGCUCAAGAACCCGAAGAUGACUCAUGGGAGGUGAGAGCCUUUGCGGAGGACACCGGUAAUGUAAUGGGCACCACAUGGCCUCCAAGGUCUUACACUUGCACAUUUUGUAGAAGGGAAUUCCGAUCCGCUCAAGCCCUAGGAGGCCACAUGAAUGUGCACCGCCGUGACCGGGCCCGCCUCCACCAAUCCCCUCCAGAUGAGCCCGGCAGCAGUCUCAUCAGCUUCCACUUCCUCAUUCAUAAUCCCAACUCAAGAAUUUGUGAAUGCAAAUGGUGGAUUAUGCCUUGUUUACCAAUUGCCAAGCCCUGAUAGUAUAAAUGGUGCAUCCUUCAAUACUGCGACAAGUUUGAUGAGCUCGAGUAGAACACAUGGCCAUGGUGUUGAGUCAUCAUCACCAUCCACUCUUCUUUCAAUUUCACCCAAUAUUCCACCUCAUGACUACUUAGUGUCAGUUGUGCCACCAGCUGGAAGAAGCAAUUCUAAUUCCCAAUAUUGUCACUCAAACAAAUCAUCGGCUCGUGAUGAUCCGGAACCCUCAAAGUCUGGAACCGAAAAGGGCAAUUUUGAAGAGCUUGAUUUAGAGCUUCGGCUUGGGCAUGGCCGACCGGCAGUACCAUCUUGAUUCUUCACCAAACAAGAAAUUAAGGGACGGCUGAUGUAUAAGCUUAUUAUGGCGUGUGCGUGUGUUUGCAGCUAGCAGAUGGAGACGAUUCAUAUAUUCAUGUCUAAGUCGGCAAGAGUAAGAUGCAGUAUACUCUACCUAACUCGCUUUUACAGGAACCUGUUUGAGAUUAUUCUCUUGGUUGAUAUAAUUAAUUAGAUCUUAUGUGUGAGAAUUUUAACUUGCGACAAAUGUAAGAGAAGAAGACGUAAAAAGCAUAUGAUAUCUUAAUCGUAACGAAUAAACUU